AUGGCAACAACUUCUUCCCACGGCAUCGCCAAGAUCCAGAAGUCCAGCCCACAGAAUCCUGGCAACACUGUUCGGGACCUGGCCAAGGCAUCGAUCCAGGACUUUCAGAUGCUACACGCUACCGCUGCCUGCUCGACUCUGCGGAUGGCCGAACUCCGGCCACAGGAGAUGUCCAACAGCGCACAGACGCCAACGAAGCUUGGCUUCCGUCGCUCGCCGCUGAUGGAUGCUUUGGCGACGGAAGUGGUCAAGGCAAUCUUCGUCAAAUUUUGGUCGCGGAACGCCGAAUGCCAGUUUGAAGUUUUCAAGAGAAUCAAUGAUGUCGAAGAGUCGAAUCCGCAUGACCUCUCCGGACACAUGCCUUUGCUGCAAGCCACUUCGGGCGCGUCACUGAAACUGCUGGGACAAUUCAACUCCCAGGCCUUGUUGCUUGGACUUGGCGAACAGCGCACAGUCGUUCGCAACGUGGGCUCGGGGACCAUGGGCUCGCAGUCCUCAGAAGUGCUGGUGAAGCUACCAGAGCUUGCGCCUCAAGCUGCUGAGCCCAUCUUGGGAGUGUGCGAGGCCAUGGCCGACCCGGCGGGAGACAGUGAUGUACUGCCAGCUCAAGACAAGGUCAAGUUCACGGAGGCAUUCAACGUUUGGGACAAGCACCAGCAGGGCUACAUCCCCUGGAAACCGGACUUUGCCAGCCUCUGGAGAUCUAUAGGCCAAAACCCGACGGAGGGGGAGAUCCGGCGAAUUAUUGAGGAGAACGACACCGGCACAGGUCACUUUCAGUUGGAGACCUUCCUCAAGCUCUGCGAGUCUCGUGAGGAUGCCCUCCGCAAGGAGCAGCUGAUCGAGGCCUUUAAGACCUUCGACAAGGAUGGCAAAGGCACCAUCACGCUGGCACAGCUGCGCUAUGUGCUGAUGCAGCUGGGAGAUCCACUGGAUGAUGAGGAAGCAGACCAGUUUAUUGAAUUCGCGGACAAGAACAAAGAAGGACCCUCUGCCGAAAUUGACUACGAGGACCUCGUGGAGAGGCUGGACACUCGGGACCAAAAGUUCUGA